AUGGCAGCUCUACGAACAGCUCCCGGGUCAGAUCACUUCAUCCGUCGGCCCAUCCUUUCACUCGCUGCCUGGUUCAUUGUCCUGCUCGCCUUUGCUCUUGCCCUAUUUGGCCUCGAUCUUGCAAACCACCACAGCACAAUUCCGGUUCAAAACAUGACGAACUCUUUCCUCGACACCAUCGCGGUCCGCCGAUCCUGGUACGCCCUGGAAAAAACCUUGACCCUCGAUCAGGGCAAAAUAAAAUCUAUGGUCGGCCAUGCCAUGCAGUCGGUUCCUAGUUCAUUUAAUUCGCAAUCCAACCGCGCAGUCGUGCUAUUCGGCUCCGAGCAUGAUAAGCUGUGGGAUAUCGUGACCGACGUGCUCAAGGCCCGAGUUACCCCGGAUCAGUGGAUAUCUACUAGUCAAAAGACUGCCGGAUUCAAAGCCGCUGCCGGAACUGUUCUCUUCUUUGUGGACGACGAGGUAGUCCAGGGUUUCGCCAGCAAAUUUCCAACUUAUGCAGAUCAGUUUCCCGUCUGGGCGGCGCAGUCGGAUGCCAUGUUGCAGCACACCAUUUGGACGGCGCUGUCAGCCGAAGGGCUUGGUGCCAACUUUAGAUGCCGAAGUUAA